AUGAUGACCCCUUUUUCCCUCCAUAAAAAAAAAAAGUCAAAUCAAUUAUAUUUAGCUUUUCGUUUUGUUUUAUUUUGUCUUUACUUUUAUAUCUCCACCCCUAAGUUAAAAACCAUGGCUGAACAAAAACAAAAGUACGCUUUGAUUACUGGAGCAUCAUCAGGAAUUGGAUACUCAUUAGCUAAAGAGUUUUCCAAAAAUAAUUACAAAGUAUUUGGUCUUUCACCAGAAUCUGUUCUUCAUUUACAAAAACCAUUAGAAAAAGAAUUUGGAUUAAUUUCAAUUGCAUGUGAUAUCACUAAUGUUAAUGAUAUUGAAAAUGCUAAAAAAAUCAUUGAAAAAGAAACAAAUGGAGGAUAUUUAGAUAUUUUAUAUAAUAAUGCUGGUAUUGCUAUUGGUUAUCCAGCAAUUGAAAUUCCUGUUGAUAAAUUAAAUAAAAUUUUUCAAAUUAAUGUAUUAGGACAUAUUAAUAUGACACAAUAUUUUGCACCUUUUAUUAUAAAAGCAAAAGGUUCAAUUAUUUUCACUUCUUCAGUGGCUGCUCGUGUUCCAUUAUCUUGGAUUUCAGCAUAUUCUGCAACAAAAUCAGCUAUUGACGCAUAUGCAAAAACAUUACAUGGAGAAAUGGAACCUUUUGGUGUUCGUGUACAUAGUGUUAUUACUGGUGGGGUUCAAACUCCAAUUGGUAAAGAUGAUAAUAAACUUGAUGAUGUUGAAAAAAUUUUUGAAACUUCACCUUAUAAUGUUGAUGGUAUGAUUGAUAGUGUACUUUCUACACUGAAUAUGUCAAUGGAAAGAGGAAUACCACCAGAUAGAUAUGCAAAAGAUUUGGUUGCUAAAAUUACUAAGAGAUCAAAAAAUUUCAAUCUUUAUGGGGGUUCUCAUGGAUAUCUCUUACAUCUUGUAGGUUUAUAUUUCCCAUUAUGGUUGAUUGAAUUCUUAAUGCAACUUAUCUUCAAACAGUUGACACCAUUUAAGAAUAUCAGAGAAAAGUAUCAAAACUAG